GCGGCCCCGGCCCGGCCCCGGCCCCGGCCCCGGCCCCGCCGCUCCCCCCAUGACGCCCAGCGGGCGCCCCUUGGGGCCCCGCCGCUCCCCCCAGGCCUGGACUGUGAAUUUGGUUGCGAUGGAGACCGUGUCCCUGGAGCACCAGAUCCAGAGUGUGCAGCGGCACAUCGCUUUCCUGAAGAAGGAGCAGAUGGAGCUGCUCCAUGACCUGCACCUGGAGAUCCUCCGCUUGCAGAAGCACUGCUCAGAGCUCACCCAUGACCUGGAAAUGAAGGAGCUGGAGGCCCGCCAACAAGAUGUCCUGGACCGCGAGCUGGAGGAGAAGUGCCGGGCGAUGGAGGCCCAGCUGCAGGAGAAGGAGAAGGACAACCUGGAGCUGCGCAAGGAGCUGCAGCACAAGGAGACGCUGGUGGCUGCGCUGCGCUCCAGCCUCCGCAGCAAGGAGCGCCGGUUCCUGGAGGAGCUGAAGCGUCGGAGCCACCGCGUCACCAUCCUCGACACCGAGCUGCAGAAGCAGACGGAGGCGGCCGCCUACCUCUCGCUGCAGCUGCACGCCACGGCCCAGCGGCUGCCGGGCCCCCGGGCGGGCGGGCGGCCGCCCCCCGAGCAGCCCCCGGCCGAGGCUCGGCCCCGGCGCCGCGGCCACAGGGCGCCCGCCCGGCGCCCGCCCGGGGACGGCGCCCGGCCCAGGGACCCCGUGCCGGAGGAGCACGAUGCCAUGCCCGACCCGGCGCUGUUCCUCUACACGCCGCGGCCGCACGGCCCGCAGCGCCCGCCGCCGGAGCCCCCGGGCCCGCCCCGAGCCUCGGCCGGCGCCGCCGCGGCCUCCCGGGGCCAGCGGCCCCCCCGGCAGGAGCCGGCGGCCAGGGCCAGGUCGGCCAAGGGCGAGCCCAGCAAGAGGCAGGGCUCCGGUGCCCACGGUGCCCACGGUGCCCACGGUGUCCCCCGGGCCCAGGAGUAGGCGGCGAGGGCACGGCGCGGCCCGACCGGCCCGAAAGGCCUGAGCGCGGCGGCACCGGGCGGCGCCGGCCGAAGCUCCUUCCCCAUCCCCUCGGUGGAGAGGAAGGGGCGGCCGCAAGCGGGGCCCUGCACGCGCCUCCCACCCACCGGCAGCCAGCGAGGGUCCCCGACAGGUCUGAGCCAGCGAUGUCACCGGCAAUGCUGCGGCACAGGGGAGCAUCCAGCACCCGGGCUCUGAGGGGCACACGUCCGAGCGCCUGUCCAAAGCUUGCAAGGAAAAAAGAAAGAAAGAAAGAAGAGGAAGCAUUUUUGAAAUGAGAUUUUCCUGCUGCUGCUGCCCUCAGAGUGGGCGCCGGGUUGCUUUCGCUGUCCCGGGGUGCUGGGAGCGGGCACAGCAGCAACAGGCUGUGCAGCACAUGGCUCGGCACCGCGGCCUGAGCCCAGCCUGGCCAUCCCCGGCACCGGGCACACCGCCAGCAGGGUUCUCCAGAACGCAGGCAGCUGAACGAGGUGGAUCCUGUGGGUGACGGAGGGAUCCCCUUCCACAUGGACAGUGCUGCUGUGCUGGCCAGGCCCUGUCCCACGCUCCCUGUGCAGUGGUUUGGCUGUCUCCAGCACGGAUUUCCCCUCAUCACGGUCGCACGCAGGACUCGGACAAGGCAGCUGGACGAGUGCUGAGACUGGCCAUCCUGCUGGACACUCCUCAGCCGCUGCAGCCGGGCUCCGCGUGCUGCUGGAGCAGGGCUGCACCCUGUGCUCUCCUCAGCACCAGCACUGUGGUUCUCAGUCACAUCCGCAGCCUGGUCUGGGCUUGCUGCUGAGGGCUGAGCAGCCCCCGGUCCUCCCGUGUUGCCUCCCGUCCUUCCCAGCACAGCGGCCAUACACAGCUGCCUUGCCCCAUUUCCACCAAACUGUCAGCUUUACAGUCCCUCCCUGGGUGUUGUGAAACACCAUUAGGAGGGGAGGGCUCUGCCGGCCAGGCAGGGCAAAGGUCACCCUGCUGCGGUGCUGCCGGCCCUGUGCUGCUCAGGGCAGCUCAGGGGGCAGGUUUCACCCUGGCGUGUGGGUCGCCAGCCUGGCUGGCCGGCCGGGACCGGCCCCUGCCUGCAGCCUCCCGCAGGACCUCACUGCCCCCGCGGCAGGAGGGAGCUGCAGGGUGACAUCACACCCUAUUUCCUUCCAAUUCAGUUUGAAACCUCUUAAAAGACAUCACCCUCAUAGACUAGCGAGGCUUGGCCUGCCCGCACUCACCCUGUGUGCUCAUGCAGUCAGAGCUGUCUAUUUUUGUAGUUCAAUAUUUAUAUACUCUAUUAAAAUGCUUUAUGAGAUUGACAGCAGCAGUCGCCAACCAGCUCUUUAGUAAAAACAAACCCCAAAGCAUAUGAGCUGCACUAGCAGGGCAGAAAUUAGUGGCUUUUGUACCUUUUCUUUGGCUGUUAUGUAACUAGCCAGGCUUUGGAGGGCAAGACCCCUCGUGCUCUCCCAGGGCACCCCUGAGGGUUGGGACUUCCCAGCUGCUCCCGUGCUCCCCAACACACCCCUGGGUUUGGGAAAGAGCCCAGCAAACCACGCUGGGCAGGGCCCCCCUCACAGUGCUCAGGCAGCAGCCUGACUUCAAGCCAGGCCGAGGUGUGCAGCUCCUGGGGCACGGAAGCUCUAGUGGGAGAUGUGUGCAGCCCCCGAGGUAUCUGGAGCUGCUGCCUCGGCAGUGCAGAGCCCCGGGAGCCCCCAGCUCUCCUUCCAGACUGUCACAGCCGUGGCAGGCUGCAGGGAGCCCGGCAGGGUGCUCACAGGCCACCCCUGCCGAGCUCCACGUGCCCAGGUUGCCCGCACAGGCUGGGCAGGUGCGGGGCAGCACGGGGGCUCUGGUAACGCCCGCUGGGCUCUGAGCACCAGGAAUUGUUACAUGAGGGAGAAAAGCCCUGAGCUCCCUGGCAUCCCCCUGCUUCCCUCUGCACAGUGACCCAGGCAGGCUCUGCCAGGCCCAGCUCAGGGUGAGCUGGGUGUGCUGGGGCCCUGCUGUCACCCACCCACAGGGGCACGGAGGGGAGGUCUGUGAGGGGAGCAGCCCCAGGGCUCCAGCAGCGCAGUUCCGGGAGUGUUGUGCCGGUAUUGGCCUCUGGAAAUCGCUGUUUCUCUAGGGUUCUGAGAGGUUCUACUGUGGAUUUGUGUCCUCUGGUAGGGUGCAAGAGGCGAUGCCUGUCCCUGUGUACUCGGCUGUUGCUGCAGCUGUGGUAUGCACAGCUCCUUCCCGUCCUUCCUAGACAAUCCUGAUAGACACAGUGUGUUGCAUCCUUAUUACAAACUUCUUCAUGAGAUCAUGGUGUUUAUGACUGAGCAUUGAAAAGUGGAGGGAGAAGUAUGAUCCUUCUCCUGUGUAAAUACCUUCCUAGCAAUCAUCAUCCGUAGUGCCUAGUAUGUAAAUUAAGCAACCCUGUCUGAGCUGCAGGGCCCUUUCCUCUCCACCAGUAAUUAGCAGCUUGCUCAAGGAGUUGAUCUCAUUCCAGUCCCCCAUGCAGGUCCCUCCCCAGCUGGGCAGGUCUGGCAGAGCCGCCUGCAGCAAGGGGGGUUCCCCAGGGGAUGGAGAGCCAGCACCCCAGUUCCCCCCUUCAUGCCAAUGUAAUGUGCUUGGAGAUGAGUUGUCAGGGUGAGCCCUGCACUUUUCCUUGGGCACAUUUGCCUUGGAGCAGGAAGGAUCAGCUCUUGCGUGCUGUACCUGCUUCAGUCACUGCUGCUUUUCGUAGGGGGGAGGGAAGCUCUAGAGACACUAUAUAUACACUUUGAUAUGUGUGUGUGUGUAUAUAUAUAUAUAUAUAUAUAUAUAUAUAUAUAUAUAUAUAUACAUACACAUACAUGCACUUGUUUUGAAGGGAAAAACUGUAUGAUUGUAAUAGAAAUAAUGUUGAGAUAAAUUAUUUUAAUCUUUGUAUUUAUAUAAAAUGAUCAAAGAGAGCAAAAUGAUAAAAAAAAAUUCAAAAAGUCGGUAUUCCUAUUUUUUACUGAGAAGGCUGCUGGGGCCACCAGGAGCCUGAGAGCCAGUGGGGCCCAGGCAGGGCCUGCCCUCCCCUCCUGGAGUGGGGGGCUCUCGUAGACUCCCCUUUAGCCUGUAAGGUGUGACAGGGAUCUGUAGGUGCAUUUAGUCUGUGCUCUGCACUCCUCGGGAGUCCAAAGGGCGCACCCAGCUCCGACCUGCGCCACGCACCUGAGAGCACAGGCUGAGGAGCACAGCCACCCACACCGAUGGAACGGGCAGGGUUUGAUGUUCUCUUGUAAAGCUUAAUGAUUAGACUGGAAAUGGAAGCAUAGCAAUAACGCUCGGUUGUUAAACAACGUCUUGUGUGUGUGACCCACCAUGUGCUGAGAGCUGUCUAGAGACUAACAGCCGGGCUCCUCUCCUCUGCACCCCCUUCCGCUCUGUAGCUCUGCAGAGGCUUAUGGAUUUGAUGUGUUUGGUUUGCUAAUAUCUCUUAUUAUUAUUUUUCCUAAUGCUAUCUGAGAAAGUGAUGUCUCAAAUGCACUAGGUGUGAGGUGAGCAGUGGAUGUGGGAAGAUGCACCUGCAGCACUCGCUGUGGCAGAGCCAGUCCUGGCAAUGGGGUGCGUGCUCCCCUGGACUUAUUUAACCCUGGGCAGAUUAGUCAGGAAGUUCUUCUUCUUGACCCUGUUAACUAAAAAGCCAUAUUUUCUGAAUGUGUUUGCUGGGACUAAUCUAAGUACUCCCAGCCAUGUCCUUCCCAUCCCCACUAGGCUCCCAGCUUUCCCACUGCAUGGCUCUGUGCUGAGACAGUCUGAACUGGGCCAGGCCCAGGAAAGGAAGCUUUCUGUGAAUCGCCUUAUGGCAGGCCAAGCCAGGCUCAUGGCCCAGCUGAUGGGUGCUCUGGAGGGACUGAGGGGUGCUCUUUCCUGGGUGCCCAGGAGAGGUGGCAGUGGCUCAGCAAGAAACAUCCUGCCUGAAGUGGCUGGAGCCAGCAGUGUGAAGGGAGUGCUCUGCUUUUCCGAAGUUCUCCCCAGGCUUUCCACACUGGGAAGGUAAAUCAGCAGCACAACAAGGGACUUUCAUUGUUGGGGGUUAGGUGAACCUUUCAGAGUCUUUGUGUACAGCCUUGUGAACUGGCUCCUGCUGCCCCAAUGAAGCCACACCAUCCUGCCUUUCCUAGAACAGCAGCCCCGAUGAGCCCGUCUAGCUGUAGUGACGCCGCAGCUGCCUCGCUGCACGCCUGUUCUUGUCACCCUCUUGCACUGCCGGUGCCUGGCUGCCAACAGGACGGGAGAGAACUCCCUUAUGCCUCUGCAUUGCCUCAUGCAGGCAUCUGAGAUCUGUGGAUGAGAUCAGCAGUGCUGAGUGCCGGCUGGGUGAGCAGGAGGAGCUCAGGAUCGAUGAGCACAGCAACUGUGGAGGAGCCACCAGACACCAUGGCCAGUUAAAGCUCAAGGAUCAAAGCACCGUGUGCCCUCACCAUCAGAGCUGCCCUUUUCUCCCCAGGGCCCCAUUUCUGCCUCUGUGUCCUCCUUGCCAGCUCUGGCCCUGCAGGGACGCUGCUGUCCCAGCCCCCCGGAGGGAUGGCGCCUCUGGGCAGGACAUGGAGGGUGUCACUCGGCACGGCCACCACAUCCAACCCCUUCAUCUCACCCUCCCUCUCCUCGCACCUUCGGGCAGGAACAGGGGGCGAAGCUGCCGGGGUGUGUGAGAGGUGCACCCAACCCACGCCCAAACGGUGCCUGGUCCUCCCUGGCCAGGGUGUGGUUAUGCCUCCUGGCUCUUGCCAAUAGAUUUCAGUCAUCUUGCAGCUUCCAAGAAAGCUCCCCUUUCCUGUUGCAAUUUUCGCAGGAAUUAGACUACCAGGCCCUGGGAAUGCCCCAAAUCUUUGCAUGUCUGAAGCAGCAGGCCCUUUGUGCCCAGGGGCUGUGGGUACAGCACUGAGUUGCAGCCCCCUCGGCCCACAAGGAUGAGCCCUGUCUGUAAGAUCACUGUCACCUCAGUGGGGUGGGGACAUCACCUCUGCCUGGCCAGAGCUGUGCCAGGACCCCUGCGAGGGCUCAGGCAGAGAGAUGAGGAGGGCAGCACUUCUGGUCUCAGCUCCCCUGGUCCCAGAGCAGCUGUGGUUUUGCUGGAGCAAAAAUAUUGUCCUUGGCUGAGUUUGCGAAGCUCAGUGAGAACAAUAAACGCCUGUGCCUCGUGCUGGGGAGCGCCGCCGCAGAGGGACAGAUGCCAAAGGUUCGACACUGCUCUGCUUCAUUUGAAUGUUCAUUUUGCUACAUGUCACCAUUUUUUGCCAGGAUGAUAUUCUUGUCGACUUUGCUUUUUAACCAAGUGCUUUUCAGAAUGUGUUAACGCCCAGAGACUAGAGUAUGGAGCUGUACUUUAGAAGUUGUUGUAAUACUCCUUUUUCUUAAUAAAGAGACUGAAAUCUG